AUAACUAUAGAUACCUACAUAGAUAUUCAUUUGUUGAAAAUGGAGGCGUGAUGGAAGUGCAUUUGUCGGAAAAGCAGGAAUUUCAUGUUGUCUAUUCCGAGUAUUUCCAGAUGUCAGAAUGGCUGGCAAUAAAAUGAAUACAAAGGGUAAAGGUAAAGAUGAUAAAGGCAAAUUUAAUAAACCCAUAAAUCAAUGUAAUGAAGAAAGUGAAGAUAUUGAUUUUUCAGUAUUAAGGAAACCAAUACAUACAAGUAUUACAGGCCUAGCCCAGGCCAGAAAAAUAUUUGACUGUGCUACUGAAGAACUGAAAAAUUUGCUUUCUUCUGAAUGUGAUAUACUGUAUGAAUGUAAAGUAUGCCGUAACAUAUUUAGAAGUUUGGCAAAUUUUAUAUCCCAUAAACGUAUUUACUGUAAAGAAACAUUUAAUUCUUCUCAACACAGCCAAUUUGUCAACCCUAUCUCCACAGUUAACGAAAUAUUAAAAAUUAAACGUUUGGAGGAAGGAUACCAACAGUCAUUGAAAGAAAAAAAUGGGACAGAAAAUAUGGAUAUGGAGACUGUGGAAUAUGAGGACAGAAUACCUUUGACAAAGGAUUUAACUACUAUUAUGGAGAAAAUUACUAAGAAUAAGGGAAUCCGUCAGAAUAAAUUAGAUCAAAAUGUAGUGUUACAGAAAAUUGCUGGGAGUUCUGUUGCUGUAUUCCAAAGUAUAGACUAUUCUGAAGAAAAGAACUUUGAUAAAAUGAGAGCCCAAGUAAAUGAGUUGGAUGAAAUUCUGUCAAGGGAUAAUGCAAUUCUACAAAAAGAUGGCAAAUUCAAGACUCAAAUAGCUGUCCCAACAGAUCCAGAUAAUGUAAUACAAAUAAGUGAUGAUGAAGAUAAUGAUACUAAUAGUAUUCUGAAAUGCAAAAUUUGUGAUCAACAAUUUUCUACGCAGAAGACUCUAAAGUUCCACAUGAAAUAUAAACAUUUAGAAAGUCGACUGGUUUAUCCAUGCCCUGAUUGUUUGGAAAUAUUCUCUACAUCCUGGAGUGUUUAUCGACAUCUGUUCAAAGUGCAUAGAAAAACUGCCGCUCAAAUAAGAAAGCUACGUGAAUCAAUACAAGCAAAGGCGUUCAGAAUGAACAAUCCUCCAGCUUUUUACGAAAAACGUAAAAACAUGAAACCUACACCUGUUCAAAAAAUCUCAGAAGAAGAACGUUUGGAUCAAGAAAAUCAGGCAUGGAUGGACAACAUGGAAGGUGAGGGCGAAACUCCACGUUGCUUUGGCUGCGGUAGGAGUUUCGAGCGGCGCGCCGCGCUCGCGUCGCACACGCACACGUGUCAGCCGCGCUCGCGGGCCCUCGCCCCGCCGCCCGCGCGCCGCCCGCCCGAGACCAAGAAGAUCGAGAUACAGAUCCGCAAGGACUACAACAAGGGGCCGCAAGCGAACGCCUCCUUAAACAUUCCACCCAAACCUGUCGAUACUAAUGAAAAUAAAAUGAUUUCUGAAGGUCAGUCACCAGUCAAGGCUAAUAAAACUGAAGAAAAUCUUACAUCAGGUCAACAAUCAGAAGAAACCACACCAAAUAAAUCUGAAGAUGAUCAAAACUCUGAUAAUAAAUGUAGAUCUCUAGAUAGUGAAAGACCAAAGCCAAUUUUUAUUCCUAAAAUGUCAAAAUUACCUUUUGCUCAUCAACCCGAGAAAAGCAACUUAGCAGCAUUCAAACAAAAGAUACAACCUGAUAUUGACAUAUCAAAGAACCUAUGCAAAAGGUGCGAGAUUCAACAUAAUAAUAUACAAGAACUAUAUGACCACAUGGCUGCUCACUAUAAGUGGAUGCGUUAUGCUUGUAAAUUGUGUAAUUUUAAGAAUUAUGAAUUUGAAAAGCUUCCAGAACAUGUCAAAACUGUUCACAAAUUAAAAGGUGAUACAGAUUUUUAUUUUAGUACCGUGAAGGCUAUUGAUGGUUCUGAAGCAUUGGAACUAUCUGAAGUAAUUGAUGAAUUAAAUGAUAAUAAUGAAAGUCCUGAUUCUAGACGUCCUAGUAGAUGUUCCAGUGACUCGAGUCGUUUAUCUGAUGAUAGUUCAUCAAGUAGUACUAGAAUGGAAGCAGGGUCCAAGAAGAGAAAAUUGAAUCAAACUAGAAAUCAAUAUUCUAAAAGGAAAAAGGAAACUGUAAAUAACGAUGAUGAUGACGAGCUGAAAGCUGAUGUGCCAAUGGAGACUUCAUUCCCAGAAAAUGAUUCAUCUUCCACAAUUAAAACUUUUGAAGAAAAUUCUUCAGAUGUGGAAGAGCUCGAUGAGAAGAUAGUCAAGAAACCUAUUGAAUUAACUUCAUCUGUAGCUUCUCGUAGGCCUAUUCGUAAAAAAACAAAACCUAAAAACGAAGACUUUGAGUAUGAUUUAUCAAAUUUAUUGAAAAUGGAAGCCCAAGGUUAUAGAGAUUCCCAAUCAGUUGCUAAUGCCAAAUAUACUCAAAGCAAGAAACGAACAACACAAGAAAAUCAAAAUUAUUAUGACAAUGCAAAUAAAGAUUGUUCUGGGGCAUUAGCUAUGCUAUCUAAGGCGGCUGUAGGAAAAGCAUCUGCACAUAUGAAAGCCACAAAUUUUUCUGCGAGUAUCCAAAAGGAGACAAGACCUUCAAAUAUAUUUGUUCGACCUAUGUUACCUAAAAUUGUUUCUAAGUGUGAUAAAUUGUCACCUAAAAAGGAUGUCGAUUUUGUAAAAGAAAUACCGAGUUCGAAUAAAGAUGUAAAAAAUUCGAAAAAUAUUACAGAAGAACCUGUAAAAAAUAAUAUAGAAGAUAGUACAAAAAAAAGUGAAACCAGUGAAGUAGAAACUCCAUUAACAGAAACCGGUGACAAUUCUAAGUCGAAUAAAGAUGAAAAACAAGCAAACAAAGCCUUAUGUGAAACAAUUAAAACCAAUUUAAAUAUACCCGCAGUUGUUCCUAUAAAAUUUCGUCGUCAGAGCUUAGAAGUUAUUAAAAAUCCUUUAAUCAAUAAAAAUAUCACUGAUUUCACAAAAGCUGGUAUGAAAACAAAAAUUUUAGUCAUAAAGCCUAUCAGCAGAAGUAAAGAUGGAAUAACAGCUGCAAGUUCGCCUCUAAAAUUCCAAACCAUAAAAUUGAAAGAUCCUUCUAAAAAUGCUACAGUAAACGAAAUUAAAACAUCUGAUCAAGUAGUAGUAGUGAAAGUUCCCAAAGUAGAAUGUGCAACAAAGUCUACAACUGCGUUGGAUACCAUUAGUAACAAUGCAAGUGAAAUAAAUGGAAAUGUAAUCACUUCUAACAAAUGUAAUGAAAACGAAAAGCCAGAUACUACAAAUAAAAUAAGUGACCAAAUUAAUUCUAAUGAGAAUCUAUUUAAAAAAGAUACAUGUGUUAAAGAACAGUUAGUAUCCAAAACAGAUACAAAUGUAGUUAAGAAUGAGAUUUUAGAUAAUCAAUGUAAAAACAAAAUUGUAAAUGACGAUGAUAUUUCGAGAUAAAUUCACCAUCAGUUUUCCGUCAAAAAAACGAACAGAAUUGUACUGUUACUUUUUGUUUUAAUUGUUAACUUAGAAAAUAUUACAAAUAUAGUAUCUAAACUAGA